AAAUGCGAAACAGCCAUGAAGAUUAUGAAGUCGAUGUCAGAGCUAGAUUCCACUCAAAUCUUGUUGCAAAUCUCCGCCAAGUUGCCAUCUUAUUGUGGAGUGAAGUGGUGUCGUCAUGCCUWUGAUUACCAGGUCAAGUCAGGAAAAACGGCAUCAUUCCACGACUUCGUACAGUUUGUCCAACAAGAGGCUGAGUUAGCAAAUGAUCCUGUAUUCUCACCUGAAGCCUUGAUGAGAGAACGCAAGAAGGCAGCCAGUACAAGACCUCGCAGUAAGAACGAMAGCACAACCAGAAUCCACAGUAAGCCCUCCUCGGGAUACACCUUCGCCACAACAGCUCACGCGGAAGAACAAGCCCCAAGUCCUAGCAUGCAUCAGGCCGCGUCAAGUGAUCGAUCCUGCCCAGCAUGCAACGGCAAGCAUAGUCUAGCAAAGUGCGUGAACUUUCUGAAGAAGUCAGUAGAAGAAAGAAGUGAGUUCAUUCGCUCAAACAAGCUAUGCUUUAAAUGCUUCAGGUAUGGUCACAUGUCAUCCAAGUGCCAAUCGAAGCAAAGCUGCAGUGAUUGCGGAAAAAACCACCACACCGCACUACACGGAGCUAAACCUAAGACUAGAACCCAGCCAUUCCGUCAAAGGGAAGCGAAAACGSAAGGAGCAAACAACAACUCCCCUUCAGCAGAGUCCGCAAAUGUGAAYGUUUCAUCAAGCUCAAGCCACGACGACCCCCAAGCACAAGCCGCUGURACAAACUCAAAGAUCAUCCCUAUCAUUCUGUACCACAAAGACAACUCUGAGAAACAACUGAAGGUCUAUGCUCUUCUAGACGACGCUAGCGAYACUACGUUCGUAUCAACAAGAGUACAACAGGAACUAGAAAUCACAGGAGUUGAAACCAACCUAAUUCUUAGCACGAUGCUGGGGCGUGAGCUGAUCAAAGUGUCAAGGAUUGAUGGUCUCGUAGCAGAAAGGUUCGAUAAGGGUGCUAAAGUUGAGCUUCCUAAAGCGUACACCAGAGACCGUAUACCCUCCAGGAAUGACCAGAUACCGACACCUGAAACCGCUAGCAAAUGGCCACACCUAAAGCGAAUAAAGGACAAGAUACCAAAGCUCGACGAAACUCUCCACAUUGGCUUACUAAUUGGCUGCAACUGUCCUAAGGCAAUCAAGCCAAGAGAAGUGAUAACUGGUAAGACCGAUGAUCCCUACGCUGUACGGACAUUGCUGGGUUGGUGCGUAGUCGGACCAGUUAGUGCACCUGCGGCCUUGGACAGCAAGACGUCAAUGUGCCACUCAAUCUCUGCACACGAAGUACUUCCAGAGACUGGAGGUACUGUAAGCAUUGUUCUCCAGAGCCAAAGCAAAGAGGUUAUACAACCAUCAAUGAUCAACAAGAUGUUUGAGUUAGAUUUCGUUGAACACGAGAAAACAUCACUGCAAGCCACAUCGAAGGAAGAUAGGAAGUUCUUACAGAUUGCUGAGGAUGGAAUCCAUCAGUGCGACGAUGGUCACUACGAGUUUCCCCUACCGUUAAAGGACAGCAACGUUCAACUGCCAAGCAAUCGAAUUUUAGCACUUCACCGUUUAAGGUACCUCAAGCAACGGUUCAAACGCCGACCCUUGUAUCAAGACGACUAUAUGAAAUUCAUGUUAAAGAUAAUCGACAAUGGCUACGCAGAGAAGGCCAAACCAGCGAAGGACAACGGACGCGUGUGGCUUCGUUGCGCCCUUCAUGCUAGAAGGAAAGUCAAUCCUACAAGAGUUGUGCCGUCAAGACCUGGACUGGGAUGA